AGUAUUUCAAUUACCAGUUAGCAAUUCAAUAAAACAACAAAAAGAAAACACUUCUGUCUUUCUGACAACAUUACAACUUAACAAACUAAGACUUCAACAACCUUGCCUUUUUAUCUGCUUACUAAGCACCAUCAUCAUUCUCACCUCAUCCCAUCAUGCAUGCUUCCCUUCCCCUUCUCAUGCACAUUCAAUGAAUAUCAAGAACCAACCAGCACUACGAAACCGCCUGGUAACAGUUUCAACAGCCUUUAAGUAGAUGAAAUCUUUGUUGUCUCGUUAUCAAUGCGUUCAAUCAUUGACACGACGGAUAUUUUGGGACUCUAGAGCACGGGUUGUAAGAUUACAAUCAAAGGGUAAAAUAAGUUUGCAUCGGACGAUGGCGUCUAGGUCUGAAAUUAUGAGGGAGCAGAGUCUUGUCCCUGCUUCUCCUCGUGAUCUGGAGCCAAAGAAAGAAAAGGAGAAUGAAAGUGGGGGAACUGAAGUGGGAAAGGAAGGAGAGGGAUAUCUAAGUCAUAUUGAACGAACGGCGACGGAACCGAGGGAUGAGGUAUAUAUAAACUCAUUUAUUUAUCUAUAUCCACAAUCCUCAGCCUCUUGUAUUUCCUCCCGAGCGCUUUCUUUCUUCUAAGAACAUCUCAUUAUCCACAUACAUCAACAGUCAUCCCUCCAACCCACAAAAUACCAAAAUUAACCAACAACUAACAACUCACCAGUCGCUACAUACCCUCUUCAUCAACUCAGUAACACCUGUAAACUCUACGACGCGGCUCUUUUAUCUCUCUCCCAGGCCUUCAUCAUCUUCAGCAUCCACAUCUUCCAAAUCCACAUCCACAUCCUCCACCUCAUCCAUUCAAUCCCCAGCAAAACUCACCUGGAAACCCGGCCAAUGGAUAGAUCUCUAUCUUCCCGGCAUUGAAAAACCCGGAGGAUUUAGUAUAACUAAUGUCCCUCCUCAUUCUUCAUCCACUUCCUCACCACCUUCUUCGCAUUCACAAACUUCCCCAAGAGAUAAAAACGAACUCGAAGAAGCAGGUAUAGAAUUAGCGAUUCAAAAACCCACUCAGCAGGAAAAAAUCAGCAAACAAGUAUCUUGGUUAUUUCAACCACCGUCUUUAAUCCUCAAUCAAGAAGUAAAAGUUAGAAUUGGGGGAUCUUUUACUCUGCCUUCUUCAUUCCCAUUUUUCUCCCCUUCACCAUCUUCAUCCUUCAUGAACCUCAGCUCUAAAACUCCACUCCACCAAGAAACGCUUCUUAAACAUCAAUUCAAUCCCACAAACCCAAACCCCGAGAAAGGAAAAGAACCCGAGAGAAAAAAAAUCAUCUUCAUAGCAGGAGGAAUGGGUAUAAACCCCCUAAUAAGCAUGCUCACCUAUAUCCACUCCGAAAUCGCCAGAAUGUCCGAAUCAGAUAUGGAAAACACCAUUCCUACCCAUACACUAAAAGAAGACGAAAUAUCCAGAAAAGAAAGAACAAGCAGACGAAAAAAAUGCUUGGAGAAUCUAGAAGUUAAACUUCUUUAUAGCACUAAAGCACCUUCCCCUCCUAAUAGAGAAGAAGAGCAAGAAGAAGGAGAAAAAGAACACGAGGAAACAGUAGAAAGAGAAGAAGUCCUCUUCCUCCCCCGCCUCCACUCACUAUUCACCGCUCAAAAAAACAAAAAUUGGGACUUCCAACUCUUCAUCACUAGCCCUAACCCUACCAUCAAUCCCUCAUCUGUAUCUUUAUCCUCAUCCUCCCUCUCCUCCUCACUCUUACCCACCCCCAACAACAUCACAAUCCACCCCCGCAGAAUUUCUCCCAGGGAUAUCGAACUGGCUCUUUCCUUCCCCCCUACAACAACAACAACAACAGAAGAAAAAGAGAAAAGAAAAGAAAAUCAAAAUCAAAAUCAAAAUCAAAAUCAAACAAUAACAUAUAUAUGCGGACCACCCGCUCUAACAGAUGAAUUUACAUCGUAUAUACAAGGACUAGAACUCGAAGGGAUGGAUGCGGGAAGGAUAGUUUGUGAGAGGUGGUGGUGAUGCUGGCCGGGGGAAGGUCAGAUUAGUUGGAUUAUUAAUUGAUUGAUUUUUGGGAAAGAGGAGGCUGUUCACAAUCUCAAAAAUCUCAGACAAAUCAAAAAUCGAGAAAAUAAAGAUCUUGCA